UGCGGCCCGAGUAAAGGAGGGCGAAGCGAUCUUGUCCGGACAUCCCCCCCUCCCGGGGAGUGGAGUGGAGGAGAGGAAGAUACCGAUCCACUGUAAAGGAAAGAAGAGGAGGAGGAGCCUGGGAGGAAUCUGAGGGGACACCGGGGCUGUUUACAAUGUAAUGGAGGGGCGGGAACCCACAUCCCGACCAAGUCGUACUACACCGGCCAGCCCUAGGGUGACUCCUGCUCUGGUGAAACGACCACGCUUUCAAACGCUGGCUCGCUUCUGGGAGGGGCAGGAUGUCUUAGCGCGCUGGACAGAUGGUCUUCUGUACCUUGGCAUCAUCAAGAAGGUGGACAGUGCUCAGGAGACUUGUCUUGUACGAUUUGAAGAUAACUCUCAGUUCUCAGUGCUGUGGAAAGACAUCUUCCCUCCUGCUGUACCAGGGAAGGAACAGCUAUGUUGUGUGUGCAAUUCCCAGGCAUGCACCCCAGACAAUAAAAUAGUGCAUUGUGUGAAAUGUAAGCACGCGUAUCACCAGGAAUGCCACGUUCCUAGCAUUCCAUGUGACAGUGACUUCGCAGGGAACACUUGGAUGUGUCGGCAGUGUGUCUUCGCUGUAGCUACCAAGAGAGGUGGUGCUCUUAAGAAAGGUCCGUAUGCUCGCUCCAUGCUGCACAUGAAACUGUCUUUACCGUAUCAGCUGAAGUCUCUAGAGUGGGAUCCACUUCACCUAACAAAUAAACAACAAUGUUACUGCUACUGUGGGGGGCCUGGAGAAUGGAACAUGAAGAUGUUGCAGUGUUGUCGUUGUCUCCAGUGGUUUCAUGAGGCUUGUACACAGUGUCUGAGCAAACCGCUGCUUUACGGAGACAGUGAGGUGACUUCUGACGUCCCAGAUCCCCCUUUGCUCUCUGAUAUCGUAGAGACUCCAUCACCAGGUCCUUCCUCUGCUUCUCUCAAUACUCCAUGUCUUUCCCCUCCACCAACCUCCUCCUCACCUCCUAUGGAGACGUGUGCAUGGCAAGGGUCUCCAGAGCAGGGUUCGCGUGUGGUAGCUCGCAGGGUCACUGCGGAAGGAGCUGUACAGUACCUCGUGGAGUGGGGAGGGGGUGGCAUUUUCUAAGAACUAUUAGAAGCUGGGUGGAAUGUAUACAGAGAUACAGGCUCUGCUCCUGGUACCCCUUGCACUUCCUGCGAAGAUCCCAAACACCCGGGUUCCUGCACAAUGCUCUUCAGGAUUUUCUCUGAACUUUCUGUACACGUGUGUACAUACCAGUGCCCGUGCUUCUUGUCCUGUCAAGUUUGUUAUUUACAGUGUUGGCUCACAGAGACUAUAUUAUAAUGAGACAGUAAGAGAGGGAUUGGAAACCUUUAUCUCUUUUUUUUGGUCUUCGGAUCUGUGUCUGUAAAAUGGUCUUAGAAGAACUGGGUCUAUUGUCUAUUUAAAACAAAUCAAAGGUUCUGGACAUAGGAAAUUUUAUUCUAGGAAUAGUGUUUAAUAUGGCUGUUAAAUAAGGAGCCAGUUAUAUUCCAUAAUUUAUGGUCACAGGAUUUAACAGUAGGUAAAUUUUGGGAUAUUGACCAAGUAUUUACAAACCCAGUAAAGAAGUGCUGUCAAAGUUUCAUACAAUUUGUUUUUAGUAUCCUCAACUCAUAAUUUUACAAGCUUUUUUGCGUAUACAAGGAUUCGAUUUUGAAAUUUAGAAGUGCUGAGGUCCGUUCGUUGGCAACUGGCAAUAAGAUCUGUUGGUUGUAUUUUAACUUUUCUUCCUUGCACAAUAAAUAUAUGAUUUUAAGCAUUA